AUGUCCGACGCGGGCCACGACCCAACGCUCUCCGACGAAGAAGUCAAUGACCAGGCAACUCCUGCUGAGAAUGCUGACGAGAGCACCCCGCUGAAUACUGUCGAAGAAAACGGUCUGGAAGAUGAUGAAGAUGACCUAUUUGGUGACGGAGACGGAGACGCGGGUGAAGAUGCGCCAGCCGAGCACCGAAAACUCGAUGAUGCAGAGCUCGAUUCAGGCGAUGAUGAGGGGCGGGCAGAUCGCGUCAGGGCACCAGAAGCUGUAGAGGAGGUCGAGCAACAGACGUUCGCAUACAUGGACGCAGACCUGGCGCGACAUCCCAUUCCCGAGCCGACCGAUAAUGAGCUCUACCUUCUCAAAGUCCCACGCUUUUUGUCAUUCGAAGACAAAGCAUUCGAUCACAAAACCUUUCAGCCACCUACUACAGACCAUCACUCCAAGGUCACCGCGUCUGAACACUUCUCCGCCUACAACACUGCCAUGACCACAGUCCGAUGGCGACGCUCACCCUCAAACAACGCUCUUCUACAGUCCAACGCUCGAAUUCUGAGAUGGUCGGACGGUUCCCUUACCCUGCAGCUUGCGACCGACCCGACGACCCAGUAUGACAUCGAUGCGAAUACCCUUGCUCCACCACAAGUCAAUCCCAAAAUUCCCACCCCAACGGCUGUCAGGGACGAGAAGAAUGGCAAGACAAGCUCAAAGAAGGAGAGCUAUACAUACCUCGUUGCGCCAUACGAGGAGGCAAACGUCAUGCGCGUUACGAACAAGCUCACAGCAUCUCUCAACAUUGUACCUACAUCGAAUACGAAAGACGCCGCGCUGGAGAAGCUACAAAACGACCUUGCCAAGGUCGCAGCAAAGGGCCGAGACGAUGCCGACCAAGCCAUAUCCUUCAUCGACGUAAACGAAGACCCCGAGCUCCGUCGACAACGUGAAGAAGCUACAUUCAAGGAGAAGCAGAGACAAUUGCGCGCUCGCGAAAAGCACGAAGAGCGCCAGAGAGAACGUGCAAACCGUACUAUGGGCCGCAGCGGCGGUCGCGCAUCAGGAGGUCUCGACAUCGAUGGACUGGAAGACCGCGCAACUCGGAAACAAUCCAAGCAGAAAAGUGGCUUACGGCGUGAUUGGAGUGACGACGAAGAUUACGGUGGUCCAAGGAGAAACAAAGAGGACGACUACGACGAGGAGGAUGACUUUAUCGCUGGUAGUGACGAGGAACCAGAGGUUGUUAGCGACGAUGAUGAUCCAGAUGAGGGCAUUGCGCCGAGCCCAAAACGUGCACGGGGUGGUGUUGCUGCAGAUGAUGAUGACGACGAUGAGGUCGUUGUCAGCGACGACACCGUCCUCCAAUCCGUCGUAGAAACUAUCCUAAGCAGCGGUCCCAUAACCUCCAAAACCUUCAUCGACACAACAACAGUCCAUCCCACCACCACAUCGACCAUCACCGCCAAUCUCACCUCCGCAGGCGCCUUCUACAUCGCGGCCCCCGUCUUCGGUGCUACCCCCCUCGCUCAAGCCGGCCGUCUACUAGUCGCUGUUGCUGGCCCUCCUCCUGCCAUCGAAACCGUACUUCCGUUUCUCGAAAACGUCAUAGCGCGUGCUGUAAUUAGAGUGGGUUCUGAGCCCUCUCAAGCCCUCUUGCUGAAAACGACAAGCAAUUUCAUUACUGCAGGUCUGAUGAUGCUGCUUAGUGAAGCACAUGUGUUGGCUGAAAAGAGUGGACUACCAGCUUCUGUUCUUGAGUCACUUGUUGAAGAGAAUUUCGGAGCAUACGCACACGGUGUGUCUAAACGGUUGACCAGUGGGAGCUACCUACCUGCUCCUGGUCAACCACCUUCUUCGGGUUUGGAGCUUGGAAUCAAGGAUGUAGGACACGGGGUUAAUCUGGCGAGGGAGGCGGGGAUGGAAUUGCGGAUUGGAGAUAUGUAUCUUGGAGCGGCGGAAGAGGCCAAGGCCUAUGGAGACAAGAAUGGGAGGAGGUGUGAUAGUAGUGCUGUUUUUGGAACUGUGAGGAAGAGAGCUGGCUUGGAAUUUGAGUCAGACGGGGUUAGAGAGCGAGAUGCGAAUACGACAGAGGAGCGGGUAUGA